AUGUCGAAACUCACCUUCGCCUUGAUCGGCGCAGGCAGUGCAGCAGCCGGAGCAGCCGUAACAGCAGCGCUCUACUCGACCAAGAAGGACAGGCUGCCGCCUCCACCAGCUGUCACGACCACAACGACCACAACCGUCACUGGGCCUGCACGGGCAGGGCCAGUAUCGGCAGUCCCCGCGGUCCCCUCUCCUGCGGCUGCUCGAAGAGCUCUCGUCGACCCCAACGGCCUCUUCCAAUAUGGCUUUCCUGGUCCGGUCAACGACCUCCGCCCCGCCGCCUCGCUCACAUCGUCGUACGACCGACGGACGCGAAACCCGCAAUGGGUAGCUGAACACAUCACCCCUGAAUCGCUCGCAAACAACAAUGCAGACCGGAAACACAGUGUCUUUGUGGAAGACGUCACCAUCCCAGAGAUGUUCCGCGCAAAGCUCAAGGACUACUUCCGCAGCGGCUAUGACCGAGGCCACCAAGUGCCCGCGGCAGACGCAAAGUGGAGUCAGGAGGCCAUGGAUGAUACUUUUGCGCUGAGCAACAUGUGCCCACAGGUAGGCGAUGGCUUCAACCGCGACUACUGGGCGCAUUUCGAGGACUUUUGCCGCAGACUUACGCACAACUACCCCUCCGUGCGCAUCGUAACCGGCCCGCUAUACCUGCCCAAGCGCGAAGCCGACGGCAAAUGGCGCGUCUCAUAUGAAGUCAUUGGCUCACCGCCCAACGUCGCUGUACCUUCACACUUCUACAAGGUCAUCUUCGCCGAGGACGGGAAACAAGGCGGCCAAGUUGCACUGGGCGCAUUCGUGCUGCCCAAUGCAGUUAUCCCGAACACCAAGCCAUUGACCGAGUUUGAAGUACCGCUCGAGGUAGUCGAGAGGGCGAGCGGACUGGAGUUUGCAACAAAGCUGAGUCCCGAGAGGCGCAAGAGGCUGUGUCAGGAGGUCAACUGCAGUGUCACUGUCAGGGAGUAUGCGCAGAGGCAGAGGGCGUUUGGCAAGAAAUAG